AUGGGUAGAGGUACGGGUCGAGUGGCAGAGGAGGAGGCAGGAGCACCUGGGGGGUGGGACGAACAAUUUGAUGCAGGGACAGGCGGAAGGAGGGCUGAGGAGAGGGGAAGGGUGGGACCGGGUGCAGGUUGGGGUGUCUUUGGUGCUGGGAGUGGAUCAGGGCAGACAGGGGAAAGAGGGGUUCCAGGCGUGUUCGCAGCACCCGGCGGCACUCCAGCGGUAGCGGCAGCAGGAGCAGGGAGAGGAACCCGAGCAGGCACAGGCAGAGUAGCCAGCAAUGCCGCCCCCUCUCUGGCUGCAGCACCUGACAACAUCACCUCUUCAGUAACAAACCCUCCUCUGAAGGGUCGUAGGCUGGUGGUGGCCGUUGGGAGCAGCACUGACAGUACUGCUGGGAGAGUCGUUGCCACCACUGCUCGCUCUCUGCCUGUCCAACAGCAACAAGGUCAUCAACAGCAGCUUCAGCCACAGCAGCAGACGCAGCAGCAGCAAGGACAGGUUCCAGCAAGGGCUGUAGCGCAGGGGUUAGUGAUUCGUGCGCGAGUGGAUGGCGCCUCAGCGUCCUCUCAACGUGUGGUGCAGGCGCCUUCCCUCCCUGCUUCCCAAUCUCAUGUCUCUCGGGCAGCUGAUAUUCGCCAGCUUGUGAAGGCUACCUCGUCCCUCCCUGAAAUUCCACCAGGGAGGAGGGACCUGAAACGGGUCCGGCCCGAGCCUGAAUCCGUUCCAGGGGUUCAGGUUAUAGCUGCUGCUACUGCUCCUGCCACUGCUGCUGCUGCCACCCCUGCUGCUGUUGUGAAGGUCGGCAACUCAUCAGGAGCAGGAGGAGGGGGAGAAGGCGGGUUUCGACCGAGAAGUCUGGCAGAGAUACUGGCAGAGAAGAGGAAAGCCCAGGGGGCAGAUGCGGUGCCAUCAGCAUCAGCAUCAUCAGCAUCCCCUGGAGCACCGGGCGCCAGCAGGGGUACCGGAGCAGCAGGAGCAGACCCAGCCAGUGCGAUUCAAUCAAGACCCAAGGCACAGCUCGUUAGGGCUGCUACAGCUGGAUCUGCUGCUAAGGCUGCUGGCGAGAGAGCGCAGACAACAGCACCGCAGAAUCCUACGAAUGGUAGUCGUGAAGCAGCUAGUGCGACAGCUGGCAAGGCGGCCAGUGCGACAGCUGGCAAGGCGGCCAGUGCGACAGCUGGCAAGGCGGCAAGUGCGACAGCUGGGAAGGCAGUUACUGCAACAGCUGGCAAGGCAGUUACUGCAACAGCUGGCAAGGCAGCUCCUGUGACAGCUGGCGGAGCAGGUGGGCUGUUCUCGGGCCCUCGGCCGCUCUCAGAGCUUCUCAAGCGCAAGCGAGCGAGCGAUGAGGGGGGUGGGGAUGAUGGUGGGGUAGCUGGUAGUGGGGCACAGCAGGAGAGGGCUGCUGGUGAGAGGCAGAGGAGAGUGGCGCGAGUGGAUGUGACAGGUGGGCAGGGUGAAGGGAAUGUGGGUAAGACCAGGAGGCUGACGAGGGUGCUGAGUGGGCGUGGUGGCGGGGAAGUUGGGACGAAAGCGGCACGCAUGGGGGAAGGCACUGGAGCAGAAGUGUCAGGCACUGGAGCAGAAGCAACAGGCGGAGAAGCAACAGCAGCAGGCACAGAGGCUGCAGGCUCUGAAAAUGAGGAUGUGGAGAAGGCUGUUGGCCCCGUUGCGGCCACUGCUCCCGUUUCUGCUCCUGCUGCAGCUGUUGUGGAGGAGGAGAAGGUUGGACACGCGCCUGAUGCUACACUGGCUGAUGAUGCUGACGAUGGUAUUAUCCUGGUUCGCAGUGGUAGCUCUCAGUCUAAGGGGGAAAGAGCUGAAGGAGAGGUUGACUUGGGAGAUGAGUUGGUCGAUGAAGAGGAUGAGGAUUACGAUUUGGAAGGAAAGCUUGGCGAUUUAUGGUGA